UCUGCUGUAGCUUCCCUGUCCGGGCGCAUCCCUCCGUGUCCUCGGCUCCUCGGCGGACACGCCGCCCCGCAGGCAGAAAAGAAAAAGGACGACACUUGUCUAAAUAUACAUUUUGCGCGCAGUGUCUCAGACCUCGGCUGGCUCUCCUGUCAUGCCCGCUGUCAUCCCGAUGCCUAGCGCCUGCGCUAGUCCACUGCAGCUGACGUCACACCCAGCAUGGCGGUCAAGGUGCAAGCAACAAAAAGAGCCGACCCAGGUGACUUGAAGACUAUUUUUCUGAAGUAUGCCAGUGUAGUGGACGAUGGAGAGCAUUACAUGACCCCCAGGGACUUUGUGCAGAGUUACCUGGGUUUACAUGCACAGCCUCAGUACAAUCCCAAAACUGUGGAACUGAUAGCCGGAGUGGCUGACACCACUAAAGAUGGACUGAUCUCUUUUCAGGAGUUUUUGGCCUUUGAAUCAGUUCUGUGUGCCCCGGAUGCCCUGUUCAUAGUUGCCUUUCAGUUGUUUGACAAGACGGGCACAGGGAACAUCUCAUUUGAGAAUGUACGUGACAUCUUCAGCCAGACCACAGUUCAUCACCACAUUCCCUUUAAUUGGGACUGUGAGUUCAUCAGGCUACACUUCGGCCAUGAAAGAAACAAGAACCUCACCUACACAGAAUUCACCCAGUUUCUGCAGGAGCUGCAGUUGGAGCACGCCCGCCAAGCGUUUGCACAAAAAGACAAGAACAAAAGUGGAACCAUCACCGCCUUGGACUUCAGCGACAUCAUGGCCACCAUCAGACACCACAUGCUGACUCCAUUUGUAGAAGAGAACCUGGUUUCAGCUGCAGGAGGCAGCACCUCACACAUGGUGAGCUUCUCCUACUUCAACGCCUUCAACGCCCUCCUUAACAACAUGGAGCUGAUCCGCAAGAUUUACAGCACCCUCGCCGGCACCCACAGAGACACGCUCGUAACCAAAGAGGAGUUUGUUCAUGCUGCAAAUAAGUUUGGUCAAAUCACUCCAAUGGAGAUCGACAUCCUGUACCAGCUCUCUGGUCUCCACACUCACUCCGGGCGGCUGAACCAGGCAGACAUUGAGAGGAUAGCCCCGCUGGAGGAAGAAGCCAUGCCGUACCACCAAGCAGAGGCCCAGAGACAGCACGCUCAUGAAACGUCUCGGCCCGUCUGGCUCCAGGCUGCAGAGUCUGCCUACAGGUUUACUCUGGGCUCAAUCGCUGGAGCCACCGGUGCCACAGCUGUGUACCCCAUCGACCUGGUGAAGACGCGCAUGCAGAACCAGCGCUCCACUGGCUCCUUUGUAGGAGAACUGAUGUACAAGAGCAGCUUCGACUGUGCAAAGAAAGUGCUCCGUUACGAGGGCUUCUUCGGAUUCUACAGGGGUCUCCUCCCGCAGCUCAUCGGCGUCGCCCCGGAGAAAGCUAUCAAACUCACGGUGAAUGAUUUUGUCAGAGACAAGUUCACCACACAAGACGAUACCAUCCCUCUGCCUGCAGAGAUUCUCGCUGGUGGAUGUGCCGGAGCUUCCCAGGUGAUUUUCACCAAUCCUCUGGAGAUCGUUAAGAUUCGUCUGCAGGUGGCUGGAGAGAUCACCACAGGGCCCAGGGUCAGUGCCCUGAAUGUUGUGAGAGACCUGGGCUUCUUUGGCCUCUACAAGGGAGCCAAAGCUUGCUUCCUGCGUGACAUCCCCUUCUCCGCCAUCUACUUCCCUGUUUAUGCCCACACCAAGGCGAAAAUAGCAGACGAGGACGGAAGCCUGGGGGCAGUGCAGCUGCUCACUGCUGGAGCCAUCGCAGGUAUACCGGCUGCUUCACUGGUGACCCCUGCUGAUGUCAUCAAGACCAGGCUCCAGGUGGCGGCCCGAGCAGGCCAGACGACAUACAGCGGAGUCAUCGACUGCUUCAGGAAGAUCCUCAAGGAGGAAGGUUUCAAGGCAUUUUGGAAGGGCACGGGAGCUCGCGUCUGCAGAUCCUCACCGCAGUUUGGUGUAACCCUGGUGACCUAUGAACUGUUGCAGAGAUGGUUAUACAUUGACUUUGGCGGACAUCAUCCUGCCGGCUCCAUGCCGACCCCCAAACCCACCAUCAAGGAUCUUCCUUCUGUGACUGCAGACCACGUAGGCGGCUACCGUCUGGCUGCUGCAACUUUUGCUGGUGUGGAAAGAAAAUUUGGUCUGCACCUGCCCAAGUUUAAGCCUUCUGGAGAAGUGACAAUCAAACCAGCAGAGUCCAAAGCGGAGCCACAGGCUUCAUAAAGCACCACUCGACUUGACCGUGAGCACUGCAUGCUCCUCCGGGACCUUGUUACAGAAACCGACUUGUCUUAUUUUAACUUUAGUUUCAAAGAUAAGUAAAAUUCUAUCUUUCUUUGUACAGAAGCAUUUCUUAAAAGUCAUGGAUGUGUCCUAUCCUAUUUCAAUCAGCCAGUCAUAUCUUAAGAAUUCUAGCUAGCAUGAAUUAAUACAGAAGAAGAGACAGGUGAUCAUAUUUGGCUUCAGUUACUCAGACACAUUAAUCUUGUUGCUGGAGGAGAUGAUAUUUACACAUCAAUACAUGGUCUGGGAAACUCAAACAAGAAGCUAACAUCAGUGCUAGAAACCAACAGGCUAAUGACAAUAUCAGCUUCUCCAACAGGCCAACAUCUAUAUAGGCUUUUCCAGCUGUGUUAGAUUGCAAAAAGUUAGUCCUCUAAUAUAGUUUUCUGUCUAAAUCUGUGUGCUCCAGUAUUCUUUGGAGUAAAUUUUUUAUGUUUCUCAUGAUAGUAGAAUGCCUGACUCCGGACAGUUGAGGCACGUUCAACUUCUUCCUUCAAGCUAACAUCGGUGUUAGCCUCUCCAACAGGCUAACGUAAGCGUUAGCUUCUUUUACAGAUUAAUACCAUGUUAGCCUCUUCACUAGACUUAUAGCAGUGUUAGCUUUGUCGAAACGAUAGUCCUUUAAUACAGUUUGUUGCCUAUCUGUGUACUUUGGAGUAUAUUUGUCAAGUUUUUACUGAGUUUCUUCUGACUCUGAGUGCACCGGACAGUUGAAGUGUGUUAAAUUUCCUCCAUCAGUGUUAGCUUGUCCAACAGGCUAACGUCAGAGUUAGCUUCUCCAAUAAGCUAACAUUCAGUCAGCCAAAAGUUACAGUGUGAGUAACCUUUCAGGUACAUUAUUUGGCUAGUGUGUUCAUGUUUUUUGUUUUUUUUUAAUUGUUGUUGCCAUACACAUAUAACAAUUGGUGGCACUUUAUGCUAUCUUAACUUGGGAAAUUCACUCGUUGAAAGAGUUCUGUAACUGCUGAAUUCACAUCCUAUCCUGAAUGCAGUUAGGAAACUUGUUGUGCAAUACUCCAAAUCUUAAAUGUCAUCCUAAACUGAAUUAAGACAGGAAUUCAGAUUGAGGAAGUUUCUGUAAUGAGGCCUUGGGUCAUUGUUUCCUCCAAAAUGGUUUCAUUGAACCACAUUUCAAUCAAAUAUAUUUGAGCGCUUGUCUUACUUUGAAUGCUGCAUGAGUAUGGCUUAAUUGCAUUUUCUCUUCGCAUAGCUUGCACAACUGUACAUAUUGUACUUCUCUACAGAGACAGGACAUUAUGGCAUGACGAAGGAUUGUAACUGCGUUUUUCCGGUGUGCGGUAGCUUCGGUGUGCUUGCGAGGAUGUACAGAUGUUUUCAAAAAGUGCUCAUUUUGAAAUCAUGGCCAAGGACCCGGGAAAUAAUUUAAAUGUAUUUAUUGUAUUUUAUUGAAAUAAAUCAUUCAAACUGUU